GCACCCUUCGAAUUGGGACUCUAGCCCUUUAAAUCUGCUCAGUUACCAAAAAAGAAGAGGCAUCAGACCCUGUUAAUUAAAGCUCGCCCUGGUCCAUCAUUCUGAGGAGCUGCAGUGCUCUGCUCCUUCCUGAUGGCUUAGAGAUUCUCCUUAACUCCCAGCCAUGGAUCUUGGAGAAUGUCCCCCGAGAUCAGCCGGAGAGUCUCAGUGUCUUCGCUGACGUUCCUCUGAUGUGCUCCCAAAUCUCUCUGAGAACAUCGCCCUGGACCCCCGAUGCGGCUGCCCGAGCAACCUGGAGAGGGGAAGCCCGAGAAUGAGAAAAAGGGGGACGGAGGAGCCCCUGGAGGGGGAGAGGAGCCACCGAGGAGCCAGGCCCCCGACUUUCCCACCUGGGAAAAGAUGCCGUUCCACCAUGUGACUGCUGGCUUGUUGUACAAGGGUAAUUACCUCAACCGAUCUCUCUCUGCGGGCAGCGACAGUGAGCAGCUGGCUAACAUCUCUGUGGAGGAGCUUGACGAAAUCCGUGAGGCCUUUCGGGUGCUGGACCGAGAUGGGAACGGCUUCAUCUCCAAGCAGGAGCUGGGCAUGGCCAUGCGUUCACUGGGGUACAUGCCCAGUGAGGUGGAGCUGGCCAUCAUCAUGCAGCGCUUGGACAUGGAUGGAGAUGGCCAGGUGGAUUUUGAUGAAUUCAUGACAAUUCUUGGCCCCAAACUGGUGUCUUCAGAAGGUCGUGAUGGUUUUCUUGGAAACACAAUAGAUAGCAUAUUCUGGCAGUUUGACAUGCAAAGGAUAACUCUGGAAGAGUUGAAGCACAUUCUCUAUCACGCCUUCCGGGACCACUUAACAAUGAAGGACAUUGAGAAUAUCAUCAUCAAUGAGGAAGAGAGCCUGAACGAGACCUCGGGGAACUGCCAGACAGAGUUUGAAGGAGUGCAUUCCCAGAAACAGAACAGACAGACCUGCGUCCGGAAGAGCCUCAUAUGCGCCUUCGCCAUGGCCUUCAUUAUAAGCGUCAUGCUGAUUGCGGCCAAUCAGAUCCUGCGGAGCGGCAUGGAGUAGCAGCCUCCCGCCAGCCAGUCACACUGUGUUGCCAGCUCACCGCGCAUGUGCAUGCCCUGCGGGCAGACUCUUCCUCCACAAAGCAGACAUGGACUGAGGGACGAAUGCAGACAAUGGCACAGUUCAGUAAAGAACCCAAGCUUGCAGUGCAACUGGGGUUGCAAAUCGACUUCACCUCCUUGGCAGGGACACAAAAGGGCUGUCUUCAAUGCUUUAAUGGUUUUUGUUUCCUAAUGCAAUAAAUAGCCAGGAGUUCCAAAUUAUUGCUUCAACCACCAGUAGUAACUUUAAAGAAAAACUUCAUUUUCUUCUUGGAACUCCAACGGCCACCCAGAAGUAAAGGUGAGAGAGCACGAGAGAGGCAUGAACACGUAAUCACCUCCACGCCCCAUUCUUGCAGCCCAGCGGUCAACAGGAGACUCCUACUGGGGUCAACCCUCAUCUCCAAGAGACUGGCUUCCGGGUUGCUUCAGUAGAGGGGGCUUUCCUUCUCGCCCUGGCUUCCCCCCUCCACCCUGUGGAGAUUCCCCCCAAGGCAUGAGGGGAAAGCCUUGAAGUGAGUGCAGCCCUUGGCAGUCUGCAGCUGCACCUCCAUUGCUUCCGUUCUUUCUGCCUUUUGUACAGGACUCGGUUGGUAGAGUUGGGGAGCUCUCGGUUUCCGUCGGCACUUGGCUUUCUGUUCCUAGAGCCCAUCCCGCACCAGCAUUUUGGAAUCUGCAGAGAGCCUUCCUCCCAGCUUCACCGCCUGUCUGCCACUAGAGAACAGAGAAGUGUAAUCGUGGGCAUCUCUAUAACAUAGAUACAUAGACAGACAUAGGUAUUUGGCUUCUUCAUGUGUGACGUCAUCAUUUCCUAAUCGCUUCCUUCAGAUAUGAGCUUGUCCUCCCUCCCACCUUCAUCCCUGCGUCUUCUGUACAGGGGUGUAGCAAGUGGACGGCAGGGAAGGGACUGAGACUGGUGGUGAGGAGUUGUUGGCAGCCCCACCCCGGUCGUCUGAACUAAUGGAGCCCACCAUGCCUCCAUGCCUGAUGACUUCUGUAAGUUAAGGUCCUCGUGGGUGCAUUUUACCUUUUCCCCAUCUUAAAGUUUGCUUCGUUAGUUAGUUUUCCCCAGCUAACAAGAGGAAUACAGUCCAAAGUAGAAAAGAGGAAAGAUUAAAUGACUGUAUUUUACAUAAUAUUGCUGGCAUUCAGAUUCUGCAACUGACUCAUUUUCACAAGGAGGGGGAAAGAUGUUAAUGGGUGUAGCCAACAUGACAGGUAAUUUGUCCUGCCUGUGAAAUACUGCUGGGGAAGAGAACUGAAUCCAAUGGUCCAUUUUCAAAACCAUUUCAAGUCUGUAAUUUCCUCACUUUUCCCAGGUCCCAUAAUAGCCACCACUCUUAAGUCAAGCUUACAUAGUCAUAUUAGCCAAUAAUCUCUAGAUGUAAUAUUUCCCUUUGUACUUUGCCAAGCUCAGGUCUUUAUUUCUGUAAUGGAAUUAUCUGGCUCCUAUUUCUUUCCAUUGCAUCUAAAAGCUAUAUGCUUUUCCCUUCUCCUUUCCCCCCACUUUCUUCCAGUGUCGAGGCACUAGAUCUUUUCUCUCUGAAUGCAGCAGGGAGGUUUUUUUGGUGCCAUGUGUGUUCCUGAAGCCCUCCUCCUGUCUAAUCUCCCUAUCAGCUUUCUCCCUACUGCCUUCUUAGACUUGGAGCAGCCAGGAUCUCCAUUUAGGGUCUUCUUCCAAUUCACCUCUGCAGGCGCUCUAGGCAACAGCCUGGGAGCAGCUGAGAGAGUGCAAAUAUUCACAAUGAGCACAAGUAAAACUAGGGUUUGAGCCAUAGUAUGGAAGAGGGAGCACUUGUAAACCCUCAAGAAGCCAGGGGGCUGAGAGUCCCUCUGUAAAACCUCCUUAAGUCUGGCACAUACAGGCCAGACUGAGGAAGGCAACAACCUGCCUUUCCCUUCCUUCUCUGUCCUGCCCUGUCACUGCACACACUGCGCACACUGCACACCUGCCCUUCUGCCCCUCCCCUUGGCUGACUCACCACAGGGCCCUGGAUCAGAAUCAUAAACUAGAACAGGUCCAAAUGCAGAAUACUAAUACAUCAGAAAACUUCAUCCUUAGUUUCUGCUCAGGGUGGCUUGCUGUCUCCCAUCUGGACAUGAAUGGGAGGGCAUUAAAAAGUGUUGUAGGGACAUGCUUCCCUACCUUUCAAUGACCCCUGAACCACUACAUUAGGUCCUGCAAGAGAUGGGGCUGCAGGAUCCUAGGUAGACUGAGUAGAAAAUCCAAGGGUUAUUCUUAAAAGACCCCUACUCCAUGAGAGAGGGGUGCAGUACUGCAGCUGAGGCUGACCUUCAGGGCAGAAAGAGAGUACCUCUUCAAACACUGCUUUGCUGCAAGUUCUUCUGCCUCCAGUUGGAAGACAGAUCUCAAAGAAUGUGGGGGUUAGAUUUCAUUCACAGAGAUACUAGCCAGUGUUUAGGAGUGGGGAUUAAAAGGAGUUCUGGAGAGGUAUCAACAACCUUUUCCUUACAAAGGCCAUAGCAUUCCUUCCCUAAAGAGAACCCCUUUUCACUCUCACAAUGACCUGGAAACAAGCCCUUCCUACCCAGGAGCCAAAUCUAGGAGAUUAUAUCCCUGUCUAGGCUGCUAGGAAAGAGGGCAUAAAGAAGACAGAACUCUCUCUGAUGGCCUAGAAUUUAGCCUGCUGCCACAGUAACCUCAACGUGGCACCUGGGGGCUGAGGGACACAGUGUGUGGAGACAGCUGUGAGCCCAGAGUUUGUCCCUGUAACUUGCACCAUGGCUGCUUUGCUUGGACAGUCUGUCUUUGAUAUAUCUAAGGCUCUGGGCUUUAGGCAGCCCCCACUCCACCACAACCUGUGUACAGAAAGCUUCACCAGGGCCUUAAGCCAAUUAACAUCCUCAUUACAGGCUAUCAUGCUCAUGGCUGAAGGCUCCAGAAGACCCUGGUCCGCCAUGCCCAGGUGGCCCCAACUGGAGGUGACUUCUGCAAGAACCAGAAGGGAGGAGCCCAGCCCUCACUGUGCCCUGUAUUCCUUAAUAGACUUAGGAGUCAGAGACGUAGGCUGUCUGCUAUGGGGUGACAGUGACUUCUCACUGCAAGAAUAGGUGAUUCUCCUAUAUACACACCUCACAUCGUACAGGUGAUGAGCAGGGAGGCAUUUCACUUGGGAAAGGGAAGUGGGCCCUGGCCACCUUCAUCCACCAAAGAAGCUGUCUCCUACCAUUCCAGAUGCAGACAGAGCUCUCAAACAAGACUCAGUAUUGGAACUAAUAGCUUCCAGAAUGUGCGUGGGUCCCAUGUGACCGAUUGGUUAAAGAAAAAAAGAUAUUACCAUGGCAACCCUUACAUUUCCCCCUGAGUUUGCCACGGCACACAAAAAUAGGGAACAUUUUCUUAAAGAAUACUCCGGUUCUGCAUGAGUGCAACCUGACUCCCUGAAUCCUGCAGGGAGGGGGCAUUACCCUCAAAGAAUCCCAGUGGUUUCUUGGCCUUUUGCUCUUGUGUUUGGACUCUGCUCAGGAGAAUAGGAGCUACCUGUAAACUGGGUGAUAUCCUCUCCACGUCUUCCCUUUGCCCAUCUCCCAGGUGUUCUGAACAAGGACCUCUUAACCUAGGCAAAAAAAAAAAAAAGAAGGGCAGAAAUAUUGUCUGGAAGGGGGGGGGGGACCACAAUAUUUGAAGCCUCCAAUCUUUAAAAGCAUCUGUGUGCCCGUUGAGAAUUUCUCCCGCAUCCAGAAAUGUGAACUUCCGUGAACUGAGGUUUGCAUGUGGUCUUAGGCAAGCCCAGUGGCUUCAGAAGUUCCCAAGUGUUUCAUUUGCUGAGAACAAGAUGUGCACUAGGAGUUUUCUUUCCAAUACCUGCUCUCCUCUCACAUUUCAUAUGACAAAUGGUCUGUCUUGUGGUUAUCCAAAAGAACUGAAUGAAAGAUGGGCAGCUCAUUUUGACAAUAAUGUCCCUCCCAACCUCUCAUCUGCAGCAUCAGAAAGUGAUCUAUCUAAGCACUGGAAGAGGAAAAAUUGACCUUUUAUUCCAAAUGCCUCCUACUAGGCAUAAGUCCAGACUCAGGUCGUACAUCAAAGAGAGAUUUGCAUGUCGUGCUUACCCUGUAGCUAACAGCCUCCCUGGGACUAUGUGAGGGCACAGCCAGAAGAUGAAGGAUGUGACCACAAGGGGAGCCUCCCCUGGUUGGGCUGCCCAGCCAUGGAAUCCUGUUCCCACUCUACCUUUGCUCUCCAUCCCCUUGGAAGCUGCUGAGCUCUGCUCUUCCCAACCUGAGGUCUCAAAUCAUGGUGGGUCCUUCUACUGCACUGACUACUCCUCUACAGGCCCACAGGAAUCGUGUUCUUUAUAAAGUUCCAUUGAGAUAGGAAGAGGGUCGGGAGGGCCCCCCUUUUCUGUAAUGCCAUAUAAGACACAGAUGCACUGAAAUUAAGCUUCUAGCCUUUGGCACACACUAGUCGCAGUGCCAGGAGGACUGCAGAGCUGUGUUCCCUGGAGAACAUCUGUCUGAACUGGCCUCAGAUCUUUCUCAGUCUCUCCAGUGAUCCCCGUGAGGCUGAGGGUCCUACAGGCCUUGCCAUAGCCAUCCAACCUCACCACCUGAUUGCUCAACUUUUCUGGAAGGAAAAUAAUCUAUCGGAAGUAGAAAAGAAACAUUAUCAGCAGCUAGGGUUUUCAAUUUGAAUUAUUUAAAGUGAUGGCAAAGUAGAGGAGGAUUAGGGCUGCCUCUUAUGGACUCUGUCUCCAUGACAAUUUAAGUGUCAGAACUGUUCAGCUUCACUUCAUACUUUCUUUGACUAAGUCACUCAGGGGACUGUCCUCAGUCAUGUGGCCUUGCUCUAGACAGUUUUGGAGGAAUAAGGUCAAGUACAGCAACCAGUCGAGCAUUUCUGUUAGCAUCCUAUGCUCAUUGCUGACACACAUGGUCAUUCUAACAGCUAUGCUUUCUACUUCCUGUUAGUUUGGGACCCUCUUCAUAUGGUCUCAGGGGACAUGACAAUAAUGUCAAAAGUCUUCAAGGCAAAAUUAAUUUGAUUCAGUUGGCUUGAAAUAUACUACAGAGAAGCAGUUUUUCCAGUUGCACAAAGACUGCCCUCUGAAACCGGACAAAACUUGCUCGGUCCCUGCUUUGGGUAGUUUAACAGCAUAAUACACUCCACAUCCUGAGCUGAGUCUCACACGCCACCUCUUUCCUCCUGGCAUGAUGGCACUGGCUUUCCAACCAGGGCCUCGUGCAGCGUUAGAUGUAUUUAUCCAUGUGAGAAGGAUGGAGUGACCGUAAUUUUCCAGUGGGGUGGAAGAGCAACCUAAUUAGGAAGGAAGAUCCCAGGGAAUGCAAAACUCAACUGUGUUCUUGCUCCCUCCCUGGUCCUGAGAGACUGAAAAAGUUUUUAAAGGGCUGCAGACGCUGGUCUCUUUUCCCUGGAUAUCUGGCCUACUUUGGGAACAUACAGGGGAUUGAGUGCCACAGGGCUGCCCAUCAACCUGAUCCGAAUGACAUGCUCUGUGAGUUUCAAGAAGAGGCCUCUCCUUGGAGGAUGCUGACAUCUGCUGAGCCUGGAACUCCUCUCCCAAGGCUCUCAGACCUACUAAACUGAGGCCAGGAGAGCAGGACAGAGCACCCGAAGCAUGGUCAGCACUCUCAGCUGGGAAAGUCGCUGGAGGAGGCAGGACUCUUGCCUUACUAGCCAGCUUCCCUCCCUGGCCUCAGGCUGCUCAUCUCUGAAACCAGAGGAAAGGUAACCCAGAAGAGCCCUCCCAUUCCGAUAAUCUGUGUAUCACAAAUUGGGGUGAACGUCUACUAUUGCCAAGCUUCCCAUUUCCCCCAUGAAAAUAGCAUGAGGGACUGGCAGCUUUUUCAAACACAAGUCCCAAGGGGCACUUGUGAUGAAGUAUCUCUUUUGGUAUCCAUUGUCUGUAAAUGAAAGAAUGCAAAUUAGCGUACAUCACAUGUGUCACGUCUUGUAGGCAAGAGGUUCUGUUUGUUCCCCGAGGAUUUGCUGAGUCAAGAAAGCAUGAAAGAUAGGCUUUGUGCCCUUGUCUUAGCCAGUGUGGAAAUUAAGGGCAUUCAGUCGCCUCGCCACAGGUCAUGUGACUCAAAAUUGUGAGUAAAUAGGGAGCAACAAAGCCAGAUUCCAAGAAAAGAUGCUUGUUUCCCCAUCCGAGAGCGCCUAACUGGAAGCUGCUGAAUAAAGAGCACAAUUUCCAGUCAUUUCUUUCUUUCCUUCUUUUCUGGCCACCGACACAGCAGUUCCAGUAUCUGUGAUAAGAGGUUUGUAAUUAUACGUAACACUGCAGAAGAAAGAAAGUCACCAUCUCUGGUGAUUGUUAAGAAUUAGAUUAACAGUCCUGGGGGGACCAGCUGCCUGCAUUGACCUUCGGAUGCCUGAGCACAGGGGCCUGCUUUAGAGGUGACCCAACCAUGUCAAUGGACAGGGGCAGGAAGGGGGCAGCUGCAGGAUCCCCAAAAAGCUCCAGCCCUUCUGCCCCACCCAUGCCAAUGUAAAAUCCUAGAUUUUUGUUCUUUCCCUUUUCACAAAGUUUGCUGAGGUUUCAGUCUUUUAAAGCAAGUCCUGCUGUUCUUUCUUGGAAAGACCUAGACCAAGAAAGGAUCCCUUUAGCUCUUGAUAGAUAUUUGGAUAAGCCAGUGUCUCUCAACUCUCUCCAAGGAAAAUCAAUGAAUACUCUUUCUUUGGUACCUGAAAAUCAGGUUUCAGGAAUCCUGGAGUGGCUUCUUUGUGGGAUUUGAUUUUUCUUCCCCAAUUUUGAAUCCAAGAAGAAGCUGUUUUGCUAAGGACUAACCAAAGACAAUACCCUUGGAGGGGAAAUCAGAUUUGUAAAGUCUGGUCAAGCAGUGGGUUGGCAAAUGGCCAUCUGUUGGAUGGAGCUGAGAGGCACAGUGAUCCUAGAGGUUGUUAGACUCUAACGUGAGUUGUUUCUCAAGCACAGUAGUAAUUGACUGGAAUCCUUGCCCCCAACACGGUGAGUGUAAAUAAAAGCACAGCCGAGGACAGUGAUGACCGAGAUGAUUAGAGCAUGGCAGCUCUUUUAUUUGGAAGGAGCCACUCAGACUGAAACUAUAGACCGCAAUCUCCCAUUUAUCUCAUCCACAUGCCCCCCUUUUUUUUUCAUUCAGUACUAGUUGAUGAUUUAUGCUAUGAAGUGAUGAGAAAGUCAGCAGAUUAGUCUAAAGAAACUCUUUAUAUAAAAUGUAAAUAUUAAUAUAAAUUAACUUGGCAUGCAACUCACUGAUCAAAGGAAGUAUAUAUUAUUAAUAUGUUAUCUUAGUGUAUAAAGGAGAACUGACUGCCAUAUUUACCGGAUGUUUUCUCUAACCAAACUUGUCUGUAAAU